AUGGGAGAUAUCAAAGAUGACGACGCAAAUACCAUCUGGGACAUGUCUGAAGACGGCUGCUACGUGGGCCUGACCCACGAUUAUCUCAACAUCCAGCAGGCCAUGGACAAAGUCCGCAGUCCCGCGGCCGGCGCCAUUGUCUUGUUUGCAGGAACAACGCGAGAUAACUUUGCCGGGAAGCCAGUAAAGGAACUCCAGUACACAGCCUAUAACAAGCUAGCCCUGCGGACAAUGUUGGCCAUCUGCAAGGACAUCCUCAGCAAGCACGGGCUCAAGGGCAUCUCCAUGAUCCAUCGCUUGGGCACCGUACCCAUUGGCGAAGAGAGCAUCCUCAUCGCAGUCUCGUCACCACAUCGGCAAGCUGCGUGGAGGGCAGGGGAGGAGGCCCUCGAAGCAUGCAAAUCUAGGGUAGAGGUAUGGAAGAAGGAAGAAUUUGAAGGCGAGGAGGGCGUAUGGAGGGCAAAUCGGGAUGGUGCCAUGGGACAAAAGGUGGAUUCAUGA